AUGUACGCCAGCAGGGAAUUCGACCAGCAACUUGAUGUCAGCCAAGCUCAUUAUUCUGAGCGCGAGGAGUCUGCAUGUACCAAAGAGGAGGAGGAAGAGUCCCAAUAUGUCAAGGAGGAGGAGGAGGAGUUCUUAUACAUUAAAGGCCUCCAAAAUUAUCGUGGUCCUGAGGAAAUUAAACAAGAGGAGCCAGAGCCCCCUACACAGCAAGAGAGAAAAGAGCAUCUUCCGAUCAAAAAGGAGGAGGAAGAGCUGCCAUACGUUAAUGAGGAGGAACAUGUCAGCAGGUCUACUAGUGAGUCCUUGGAAAGUGAAAAUGGUCUGAGUGAGACCAGCAGAAGUGUGUUUCCUCCAAGCAGCAGUAACAGCAGCUCAACUGAAGGAUUUCAAGCCGACAGUUUCAUUGCCCUACCAUCAGUUAGCAAAGACGCCACCUCAAACUCGCCGUACAAUGACCAUGAUGAUGGUCAUAAGAAAGCUCACAGUGACAACGAAAUCUGCAAAUGUUCUCAUUGUGGGAAAACCUUUGGAAUUUGUGGUCAAGAGUUUGCUGCAAGAAGAUUCAGUCACAGGAACAGCUUACAAAUACACACAAGGACCCACACUGGAGAAAAACCUUUUUCCUGCUCAGUUUGCGGUCAAAGCUUCAAUAGUGGGGCAGGCUUAAGGAGUCACAGAAGGACACACAGUGGAGAAAAACCUUAUCCCUGUUCAGUUUGUGGUCAAAGGUUCACUCACAAGAACAACUUAAAAAUGCACACAAGAAUACACACUGGUGAAAAACCUUUUCGCUGCUCAGUUUGUGAGCAAAGAUUCACUCACAAGAUGACCUUAGAUAAACACACAAGAACACACACUGGAGAAAAACCGUUUUCCUGCUUAAUUUGUGAUCAACGCUUUGCUCAAAGGCAACACUUAAAAACACACGCAAGAACUCACACUGGAGAAAAGCCAUUUUCCUGCUCGGUUUGUUGUCAAGGAUUCACUCAAAGGCAACACUUAAAAACACACAUAAGAACCCACACUGGAAAAAAACCCUUUUCCUGCUCAGUUUGUGGCAGGAGCUUUAGGCACAAAAGUACCUUACAAAUGCACACGAGAACCCACACUGGAGAAAAACCUUUUUCCUGCUCGGUUUGCAAUCAAAGUUUCACUCAAAAGCAAAGCUUAAUUAUUCAUAAAAGAAUCCACACUGGAGAAAAACCAUUUUCCUGCUCAGUUUGUGGUCAAGCGUUUUCUACAAAGCAAUACUUAAAAAGGCACUCAAGAACCCACACUGGCGAAAAACCUUUUUCCUGUUCAGUUUGUGGUCAAAGUUUCGCUCACAAUGAAACCUUAAAAACACACAUUAGAACUCACACUGGAGAAAAACCUUUUCCCUGCUCAAUUUGUGGCCAAGGGUUCACGCAAAUGGCACACUUAAAAGCACACGCAAGAACCCACACUGGAGAAAAACCCUUUUCUUGCUCAGUUUGUGGUCAAGGGUUUACUCAAAGUCAACACUUAAAAUCACACAGAAGAACCCACUCUGGAGAAAAACCCUUUUCCUGCUCAGUUUGUGGCCAAAAAUUCACUCGGAAGGAUGGAGCUGUAGCACAUGUGUGUGUUGGUAUUUGA